UUAUUGUGUAUUCUAAACUCUAGUAGUUUGUUUUAAAUGGUAAUUACUAGCCUGUAUAAUUUGCACUUACUAAAAAAUGUUGUAUUAAGAUUGACAGGAUGCUAUCUUAUCAACUAAACACAACUUAACUGUUUCCAAAAACUAAGAAUAAAUGAUUAUUGAUUGCUAAUAUCUCUGCAACAAAUCACAUCUGAGCUUCCUCGUGUAGUUACGGUCUAUCAUUGUUAGCGCAAAAUAUUUUUAACGGGAAUUUAACUCGCGUACGAAUACAUGUUUCAAGAAAAAAAGUUUUUUGACUUGGGUACUCAAAAAAUAUUUGGGUAUUCUUAUGCCACAGGUUAUGUCCUUCACUGGGAUUUACAGGAAUUAGACGGUUCCGCGUAAAAGUCUCAUUGUGGCCAUAUCAAUUAGUAAAUUCUAGAGUCUGUGUUGGACUAACUUGUUGAACUCAAUUGUUUAGUCAAAUUUAAUUACCUAUGGUUUCACAAAUUGGCAAAAGUCUUUGUUCACCUCUGUGUUUUUGUCUUUCAUGAAGUCAGUUUAUGCUUGCAGCUGGUUAUUUUUCCUGACCUCUUUGUUUUUGAACAUGUGGCAAAAUGCUGAAAACGUCUGACAUAAUUGGAGCUAACAAUACUGUAGACCGGUUUCCAAAAAACUCAGAUAAGUUUAUUUGCUUCCAUGUGCUCUAAUGGCGGACGACGAUAAACCAUUCGUGGAGUUGUUUUUAAAAGCAGCCCUAUCAGAUCGAAAAGAAAAAGGAGCUUGUUUAAUCAGCCAACAGUGGCUCAUGACUUUAUGUUGUCUUGUUGAGAAAGGUUACAUAAAGCUACAGGUUACUCCUAUGACUAUGGAUUUGCAACCUGCCAGUUAUGUGCGACUAAAUGCUGCUCGACAUCUCCCUAUUUCAUGGAUCAAAUCAGGAACAAUAGAUGGCGAGGAUGCCAGUGGACUCGUUAUCUCUUCUACGGAAUCACUAGAAACACUGUUAAUAAAGUUAGGUUGUCCUGAUCUCAAUCACAACCUAAAGGCGUCUGAUGUCAGAGCAGCUGAGAAAGUUUUUGAAGAUUUGUAUAGUAGUUUGAUGCAGUACAUAAUGUACGAUGAUAAAACGUCUCUUUAUACAGUAUUAUCUAGCUUAAAUAGUUACUUGGCAUCUGCGGCAAAGCCUUAUGCUAUGGGUGAUGAGAUAUCCUAUGUUGAUUGUCAGUUGGCACCCAAAUUACAACACGUCCGUGUUGCAGGCAGAGCGUACCAUAAUUUUGAUAUUCCUCUUGAUAUGAAUCAUAUAUGGAUUUAUCUUCGCAAUAUUUAUGACCUAAAUGCGUUUAAAGAUUCUUGCCCAGCAACUCGAGACAUAUUGAUGCAUUACGAUUUAAAAAAGCGGCUCCCGAAAGAAAUUCGUCCCAGUCUUACGGGAUCAGAUAUUCUUUUAGAUAUCCCAGAGAAGUUUCGGUUACCGUCAUCAAAUGGAGAUCACUACUAAACUUCUUUCAAGCUUCUGAGUUUCGUUUGCGAUUAAGAGGACGUUUACAAAAGACAUCUAUUUCGUGUUUUAUAUUUCUCCAACAUAUUUUAGCCCUGUGUUCAUUUUAGCGUCCUUUUUACACCAUUUGCUGAUCCCUAGGGUGCUCCAUUUGGUUUUCCUUAUUAUUAAUAUUUCUUUAUCCAAUUAGUAAAUGUCAUACUUUUUUAAGUUUUCAAGUUAUAUUGUUCUUGUACAUCUGGAUUGGUAUUCUCAGAUUUAUUACUUAUAUUUGCAAAAUUCUGUUUACUAACUACUUGUAUUGAAUACACUUUUUUAACUACAGAUACGUUUUCAGACAUUUUAAAAGGGAUUUAACAGCAUGAGUUAAACAAUACACAAAGCUAUGGUUAAGCACGUUCGUUACUUUCAUUGAAAUAAUUCACACUUUCUACUGAUCUGUUUACCAGUCGAUUAUUUUCAGUGUUUGAUACUACUAUUCUAUCCGGUUAAUUCGUAUUUAGAUGGCGAAUAACAGUUGUUGUCUUUCAAAUAUGGUAGGGGUGUAGUUUUUAUGUUAAGGUUAUAAUAAAAUAAACAAUGUGUGCUUGUUGGGUUGAACGAGCUUUCCUAAAAGUGCGUCAUCGUCAAAUUUAGUUAGGUAUAUACGUCACUCUUUACUUUAGAAGGAAAUACGUCGAAUUCUUUGUGCUUUCAGGAUCAUUUAGCUGGCGGCUAGUACGUGGUUUGUUUUCUAAUGUACAACUGCACGAAAUUAACAUGAAGCAAGCUUAAUUCGUGACGGUUGAUAUUAUUAAUUAAUAGAACAACAACUUAGUGGCUACGGCGUUUGACUUUCAGUCACUAAGUCCUAUGUGCGAACCUGCCCAGCCUAUUUUGAUUUAUGUAACCUGGUAAUAUCAUGCCCUUACACUCUGCGGCUGAUAUUUAAGUACUUAGUGAAUGAGUUCAGAUUACCAUAACGACCACUGGCACACCGCUACCAUACUAAACUGCAGCGUUGUUCUCUCGAACCUUCAACCGAUUUAAAACAAUUAAGAUGAUAUAAUGGGGGAAUUUAACCCAGUACCAUUCGUCAUAUCUCCAAAUACACUGUCAUCGCUGACGCACAGAAACAAGCGUGUGAUCUCUUUUAUAUGGGGGAUUAUUAAUGUUGCAUGCAGGCAAUAGAUGUUGGUUCCACUACGAUGUGUAUGUCUUCCAUCUUCGUAUUUAUACAUGGAUUGCAACAGUUUUUGUUAAUUAGGUGGAGUUUAGUUUUUUCUUGAACAACACCAGCCGAUGACGUUUGUAUUGUCCUGAACAAAAUUGGAACUAUACUGCUGUUAAGACUGCGAUGGAUGAUGAGCCUGUGGUUGCUGCGAUUUUUUCUCGUAGUACUCGUUAUUACGUUCUCAUGUGAGUAGCGUUCUUUCUUGAUUUACAUACGAAAAGGCUUUUCUCAGGAAUUUAUCUUCAGACUACAACACUUCUCAACUAAGAUUUUGCUUACUGUUGAAUACAAGAAUCGUUGUUAGUUUAAACAUCAGUAACUUACGGGUGAUUAAUUGGGUUCUGAUUGACAUUAAAUUAAAUAAUAUAACAAGCUUCCUAACUUAUCGACUUAUCUCUUUUUUUCACUAAGCGGAUUCUGCCAUGUAAAUAGUUUCAGGACAUUUGAUACUUUUUUGUUCAUGAUAAAAUUUCAGAACCGUGGUGUUGCAUAUAUGAGUUGUCUGCCUACUUCAGUUUAUUUUGUUGGUAACGUAAGAGUAAGUUCUAAAAUCUGUGUGGUCAAAUAAAACCAUGACAGUAAUUCUUAAAGUUACUACAUAUCUGACGGAUAGGUAGGCCCAGAUUUCAUAAUUAGGUGUAGCACUAUAAUCGUAAUUGAUGAAUGAUUCAGAAUAAGUUCCAACAGCGUAUAGCUGCCACUUUUUGGACGUCAUUAGAUUUUGAGGCAUCAUGAUUAUUCACUGCUCGAUUUCUUGUAUCGGUAACGGCCUAUGUUGUGUGCUCAAUUAUUCUUAUACAAUUGGAAUCUUAUUAUUUCGUUCUAACCUCAGUGAAGCUUUCGUUCAUUGCGUCCAAAUGGAUUUAUAGCAUUUGGAAAGAUAAGAAAAAUGAAUAAUCCUGAGUUGAAAGAUGAUAAAUGGUUAUAGUUAAUACCG